CUUCCUCUUCACGAUUCGGCCCCGCCAUGGUGUGACGACAGUCUCCAGCUGCUGGUCUCUGGAUUUCUGCCUUGUUGCUUGCUUUUUUCGGCAGCAACGUCGGGAGACGGAUUGGGUGACGGUGCUUGUGCUCGCCGGCGGAAAACCUCCUCGUUUUGAGAAGCUGGCUGACGGGCAGCAGGCGGCGAGUGAGUCGGCAGGCAGAAGUUUGUGAUCGGGAGCCACCAAGACAACACAACGGAUUCCACCCUCGUGUGGUGCUGAGUUUUCUAGAGCACCAGAGGGAUGUGGAACGAGCUUCGGCAGAGGGACCAGAUUGAGGUCUGGGCGAUGGCAUCACGAUGGCAAGCCGAAAUAGGUGCGGAGCAAGAGACCCGAUCUGUCAGUCAGUGAGACAGGUGGUGACCGAGCGUGGCUGUGUGCGUGUGUCUGGCUGUUAUGGCAGAUCGUGUGCGUGACUACGAGAGGAGCGGUCUGGAUGGCGAGGCGCGUGAGCGGCUGCGGCGUGUGCAGAGGGAGGUGCUGAUCAACGUGAGCCUGCCCGACGCCAUCAGCUGCCAGACCGUCGAGGACGGGGCGGUGGUUCGUGUGGACAUAGAGGAGACGGCCCACUCCAGCCCGUGCCACUUCCUCACGUCCGUGUGCCCCAACCUGGCCGUCUGCUGUGCCGAGCCCCUGCCCCGGCCGACCACCACCAUGUGGCGCGACAACGAGCUGACGGCCCUGCUGGACCAGGUGUACACCCAGCUGCAGACCCACCCGCUGCUCACCACCACUCCCAUGCCGUCCAAGAGCGACAAGGAGUACGAGCAGAUGGUCAACCGCAUGCUCUGCAUCUCGCCGCAGAAACCCAACCGCAUCCUCACCCCGCCGUCGCUCGACGCCACGCCGACUGAGCUGCCGUCCACCGCCACUCAUGAGGUCAUGAUGACUGACCGGAGCGAGGUGCGGCAUCAUGAUGAUGUCGAGAGCGAGGUGCGGCAUCAUGACGAUGUCGAGAGCAGCGAGGCGGAUGACGAUGACGAGGAGGCAGAGGACGAGAAGGAGGUGGACGAGGGGGGCGCGUACGACGGCCAGAGCCGACCCGAGACUCCCCCGGAGAUCACGCCACACAAUGUCACACCGACCAAUAAGGCAGAUGCCAAGAAGGUGAGGACAUCAGGGAAGGACGUGUAUGUGAGCUGGCACUCAAAGGUGUAUGGCGUGGAUGGUGUGUCUGUCUGUCUGUCCCUUGUAGGCCGAGUUGGAUCGGUUGUUGGGUGAGUGGGAGCGUCUGUACGAGAGCGAGAAGGUCACCAUGGCCCACGACGCCUGGACCAAGGUCGUCACCGCCACGCAGGACUACCUCACCAUCAUCGGACACAUCGACAGCCCCGAGGGCGACAAAACACGUGAGCGACGCGACGCAGCGAGAGAGAUGUCGGCCAGGCAAUCCACCGUGUGUCCUCUGCAUGAAUACGUGGCUGCAGCCCCAUCCCCAAUGGACGUGAGGGUUCUGCUGGAGCGUGCGGCCAUCGACGUCAAUGGCCACCCGCUGCUGCAGGACGACGCCCUUCGCCGGUUUGAGAUGGCCAUGAAGGAGAUCCAGGCCACAGACGCCAUCCUCGACACCGCCGACUCACACACAAUGGGCGGCGGAAGCUCGCGAUACGACCUCCGGUAGGACAGGGAGGGAGAGACAGAAAUCGACAAGACAAGCAGGGGUGUGUGUGCACGAGUGUGUGCGUCUUUGUGUGGUCGUCCGUGCAGGUGGCAUGUCGACAAGGACAAUGUGGUGGUCAUGUCAGCCGAGGGCGUCAUCGACGUGCCUCUGUUCCACCUGCUGUGCCUGCUCUACGAGACGGAUUACUACUGUCGUUUCUUCCCCUUCGUCAGCAAGGUCGAGACCAUCAUGGAAAUCGACAGGAUGAACCGAGUCAUGAGACACGAGUACGGAAAGCAUGAACGAGGAGCGAGAAAUGCACAGCGCACCUGUCGAUCUGUAUCUGUCUGUGGAUGUCUCUCCAGGUUCUCCUUCCCGUGGCCGCUGAACAAGCGCGAGAGCAUCAACUAUGGGUUUGGCACGGAUGCGCUGGACGACCCGAGGUACGAGGCGGUGGUGGUGUGUUCGUGGAGCAUCACACACGACGACCGGCACGGCCUGGGCAUCGCGGUGCCGGACAUCAGCCCCCACCGUGUGCCCAUGAAGAUCGACCACUUCACAUGGCGCCUCCAGCCGAUCACCCAACACAAGACCAGGCUGCAAUUCGUUUUCAAGGUACCCACAUGCCAUGCAACCAACCGUAUGUAUGUGUUGAUAGAUAUGUAUACAUACCUGUGCACUCAACCGCGUGGAUACCGUGUGUUUCCUCCCUGGUUGCUGUGCAGGCGAAUCCGCACAUAGCUCAUCUGCCGGUGUCGGUGCAGGCCUACGCGACGCGUUACAUCACCCACAGCGUGUACCGCAACAUGACCAAGUGCGCCAGGCGGUUCAAGGGCUCCGUGUGGGAGAAGCGCAUGCACGAGCGGCCGGACGUCUACGGCUACAUGCAGACCAGACUGGAGGAAUACUUCAGCAACAAACGGGGGCAGGGUGAGAUGAGGCCAGGGGGGAGCCGGAGGGAGGGGGCGACCACUGAAUGAAUGAACGAGUGGAUGGAUGUAUGGAUGAGUGAGUGACUGUCUCAGUGGGGUGGGGUGGGCAGGGCUGAGUGAGUGGUUGAUUUGUCUGUGUGAUGUGAGGGAGGGAGGCCCAUGGGUGCGUGUCCGUAGUGGUGUGUAUCUAUGCGUGAGAGUGCGUGUGGGCUGCUGGGUGAGGGCUGUAGGCGUGUGUUCAUCCAUGCCAUGCCCCAGUCGUACCGUGUGUGUGUGUGAGUGUGUGUGUGUGUUUGAUAGUGGGUGUGAGUCCCCCGUUUCAACUAACUGGUUUUGCCGUCCUUAUUUGCUUUGCCUUUCUGUCCGUGUGCCUUGUGCUCUGUGCGAUCCGUCUGUCUGCGAUCCGUCUCGUCCGAUCGUCGUGUUUGCUUUUUGCCCUUGAUUUUGUUUAUGCAUGUGAUAUGAGCGUGUGUGGAUGUAUAGUGUGCGUGAGAGUAAGUGGAUGGGUGUGCGUACCGUGCAUUGCCGUGCGCCCCUGUCCAUGAGGCUGGACAAAAGCAAGGGCGCCUGGCUUGCAUGGCACGCACCUGCUGCCUCACGAGUACGAGUACGGGUCCUUUACUCUCUUAUCCUUUAUUUCUCGUCCGCCUCUGUGCGGCGCGCGCCGUUGAUCCGUUCCAUGCAGUCCAGCCAUGCAGACAGACGUGCUACUUACUCACUUACACACGUUCACCCGAUAUUUAUUUACGUACUGCCUGCUGCCUGCCUUGCUGCCUUCGCUCACGACCAAUGUCUCUGUGUGUGUGUUUGCCCUGCCAGCCAAGAAACAUGCCACCUGCUGCUCAUGUGCCCGCCUGCCUGUCUGUCUCUCCUACUGCCCUAUUGCCCGUCUUUUUGCCCACCAGUCCACCCAUUGCGCACCGCACCCAGUCAGUCAGUCAGUCAGUCAUGUAGCCACCCAGCCAGCACAUAGUACACCCAUCCAUCCAUUUACCGAUCCAUCAGUGAGCCCUCCCGCCUCCUCCCUUUUUUCCAUGGAUGCAAGUCCUUUGCUGUCCGUUUUGUGCAACAGACAUACACACGUUCAUGUGCACUCAUGUCAUAUAUGUGGCUAAUGAAUGAAGGAAUGCGAUGCUGACUUUUUCUACCGUCGUCAUUUGGAACUGCGACGCACGUACGGGACGUUUCGCACUGCAUGCCAUCCAUCGUCACUUACAGCGUACACACAAGUGCUUGCAUGCAUGUCUGCGCGUCUCCCUGCGCCUGUCGAUAGAGCAAUGAAGAGGUUGUGUUUACUGUUCAUGUGUGCGUGUGUCCAUGCACAUCACAUUCAUCCCUAUACAGGGCCGGUGGCAAGUGGCUGGUGGGUGGCUGUGUGUACCUACCUAACCCAUUCUAUUCCUUGUGUCUUAUCUACCUGAGCACGUCGGGCCCUAAGUCUGUGUGUCUGUAACCCACUGUCUCUCUUUCCUGCUUGAUUUCCACUUCCCCCCACAGCCACACCGUUUGUUUACCAUACACACAUCCACCCAUCCAUCCAUCCAUCCACCCGUAUAUGUCCACACACACACACACACACACCCCACGCCGCCAUCACUCGCACAAAGGAAAGAAGCUCGGUGCACUGUGAGAAUGCACUAAUCAUCUCGCAGCCGCCCGGAGCUGGUGGUGAGCGGUCCGUACAAUAUCUUUUGGUAAGGUACUUUUGUAAGGACUGGCUUGUUGUCCGGCCGUCUGUAUGUCAUGAACUGAUAGAGGGG